GUGCCGUGAAAGAACAAAUAAGUCCAUGAUCAAGAAUAGGCAAAUACAGGUAAUAGAUAAUGACCGUGGAGUGCACAUGAGGCCCAUGCCUGGAAUGGUUGGCUUGAUUUCAUCCAACACCAAGGACAAGAAGAAAACAGCACCAGUUAAACAGUCAGACAUGAAGAGAACCAGAAGGGAUCGUGGGGAAUUGGAGGAUAUAAUGUUCAAGCUGGAUUGAUUCGUGCAAAUGGUUAGGAAAUUUCAAAGUAGUGUUUUUUUCUUUCUUGUUUGUGCAGGGUUAAUGUAUUUGGUUUUGGUCUUUUGGAAGUUCUACUUGCAUUUUGAUUUUCAGAACAAUCAUUCUCUAGCUCAGGAAAAUGGUAUUAAUAAUAAGUUUAAGAGAAAAUUAUUAAAUAAAAGUGAAUUAUCAAU